AUGACACGGAAAAUCCUCUUCUGCCUAGAAGAUCUUACACUUCCCAACAACGGUGGAAAAUCUUCGUCGAUCUUAUGGAAGGAUCCGAAUUAUUGGGGCGUCCAUGACAGAGAAAGUGGCCCCUCCUUGAUGGUUUCAGGACGUGGUAUCCAGAACUGGUGGGAUUAUUUUGAAAUGGAGAGGCUGAAUGGAUGGAGCCAUUUUUUAAGCUCUCUUGAGUUCCUAGCUAAUGGAGUUGUCCCAAGAUGCAGGUGCCCAAGUUUUGGGAUGAUCACUGCAUUUCCUUCCGAUCACGUAUUCAGACACGCGAGAAGGGAUGGACCUCGUCACGGAGUCCGCUGUAUUUCUUUCCGCUCAUUCCAAAAUACACAAAUGCCACUCGUCAUCGACGAACCUGUUUGA